AUGGAGACGGAAGGAAAAGACAUGGAAUUCUUAAAAGUGCACCCAUUCACACCUGCACUUGACCUGCUGCACCCAUUCACACCUCACAGCGACAGACAGCUGCUCCAUUUGAACCUCCCCCUGCUGAAGCAGUGCCUAGCAGGCUUGCUGCCGCGACAACUCCCAACGCCCACUCUGACAUGCUACACACUCCCUCAUGCUCCACACUCCCUCAUGCUCCACACUCCCUCAUGCUCCACACUCCCUCAUGCUACACACUCCCUCAUGCUCCACACUCCCUCAUGCUCCACACUCCCUCAUGCUCCACACUCCCUCAUGCUCCACACUCCCUCAUGCUCCACACUCCCUCAUGCUCCACACUCCCUCAUGCUACACACUCCCUCAUGCUCCACACUCCCUAAUGCUACACACUCCCUCAUGCUCCACACUCCCUCAUGCUCCACACUCCCUCAUGCUCCACACUCCCUCAUGCUCCACACUCCCUCAUGCUCCACACUCCCUCAUGCUCCACACUCCCUCAUGCUCCACACUUCGCAAUGA